AUGCCUCGACCCGAUCUCAACAUGUUCUCGAUGGAUAUAGCACAAAGGUUGGGCGCUCAGGAUGCUUUGAUAAUGGGAAAUAUCAUUCCAAUCACUACUAGUGCAGCGAAGGCUAUAAAAACAGUGUUGCCCGAGCUGGCCGGUAGAGUUUCUGGUAUCUCAGUUCGGCUGCCAACAGCAAAUUUGUCUAUGGUGGACAUGACUGAGCUAUUUGGUGUUCUCCAGGUUGAAAAUGAGGAGUUAGUGAGCUCAGACUUUCUGGGCAACUCAUGUAGUGCAAUCAUUGAUUCAAAGGCUUUGGUCGGGCUUAAACCCAAUUUCUUCGAUAUCAUUGCGUGGUAUGAUGAUGAAUGGGCUUACCGUUGUAGGCUUUUAGAUAUGCUAGUUUUUGUGAAUAAUCAUAAGCGGAUAGAGAUUCACGAGUAA